UAGUCCACAUUAAUCUGCCAGUACCUCACUGUCUGGGGGACGGAGGGAAUGUAAACAGAGUCCAAAACCAGCUGCUGGAUCUUUUAGUCUUGUUUCAACAUCAACAACUUCAUUUCCUCCUUUUGCCGCUACUGGAUUAUCUUCAUAAUUAAAUCACAGGGACUGGGACCACAGCAACACAUGGCGCUCCUGAGGUCAGGCUGGCUGUGGAGACAAACUUCUGUCCUAAAACGCUGGAAGCUCAACUGGUGCGACCUCUGGAUCGACGGCAGUCUUUGCUUCUACAAGACGAACAGCCGGCGAGAGUUGGAGCACCGCGUCAGCCUCAAGACGACUUGUGUGGACGUGAGAUCGGGCCUGGAAUGUCUAGGUGUGAGUCCACCGGAGAGCAAUCCCAGGGAGAAUCUCAUUGUGGUUCAGCUCACCGGCGGCUCAACCGUCAACCUGUGUGCCAACAGCGAGGAUGAAUCCAUAGCAUGGAAACUGACGCUGCUUGACACCAGGAGAAACCCGGUGUUCACAUACGACCCAUAUGACGACUGCUACCAAGCUGUCCCCAUCAACAGCUACCAUACGGUCUACAUCACACCUGGAGCAGGACCAGGAACCCUGCAGGUGGUUGUUCAGAGAGACCCAUUUGAUGGAGUCUGGGAGCAUCUGGCACUGGGACUAGUGGCAGGCAUGGCAGCGGGGACGGCCAUGCGAUCGUUCCUCUGGAUGCCCUUCUUGUUCUGCUGAGACCAUCUCCAUCACUGACGCGGUGACAUUGCACGGGGACCGGGGGCCCAACGUUAGCACGAGUAGAACGGCCCGAAGAUGGAGGGAUCUUGAGCUGCUUUUAUGGUUGAGCUGCUUUUUUUUCCUUAUGUGCGCUUUCGCAUAUAAGACUUAAGCUGAAAACGGAUGCCGUGUCAUUGUGUGUUCUCCCUGCUCGUAAAUCAAUCGGAAUCUACUCAUGAGCAUUUGAACGCGCCAGGAUGACGAUUUUGUAUCGGUCUCUACUUUAAUCUGCCGCGUGGAUUUUACACUAAAUAGCUCGACCUUUAACUCACACAACUCACUUUUGUCGGUUAUGUUUCAAUACCGUAGAUAAGCAACUAUACAUGGUAUGAUAAUGUACAUAUUUUUUUUGCCAUUCGAUUUAAGCAAUAACAAAAAGCCAAUCAGAAAACAUGUAAACGCCAACGGUUCCUCUCGAAAGCGAUUGCUUGGUUUGUCCGUUCUGGGCUUCCGUAGAAAACGUGGCGUCCGGCUCAUUGAAGAAAACGUAGUCUGUAUAUUGAUGUAACACAACACAAUUGAUGUUUGGUUGCAUACAACUAACAAACCAUAUGUUUUGUAACUGCAUUGCUCUAGUUCGAUAAAAAAAAUCACAUCCCAGGGUCGACUAAUCAGCCCCCCCCCCAGCUUUUAACCACAUCACACAUCUUCAUCAGCUGAUGGAGCUUCUGCAGUUGUCUUGGUGAUGGAUCUGUUCUUAUUAUACUAAUCACCCCAGAAGACAGGGAGAAGGCAUGAACUCUAUAUUGAAAAUUAUCCUCUAAAUUGGAUCUCCUCAAUUAAAAAAAGAAAAAAGUUGAAAAAGCG